AUGUCCAGAGCAAUCUUCCUCUCGACUAUUGAUGGCAAGCCUGGCAAGCCGGGCCAAGUAUACUACCCCCUCUCCCUCCAAAACCUCCCCAAACCAACCCCGCAGGGUCGGGAGGUCCUUGUGAAGAUGACCGCCGCAUCGCUAAACCAUCGCGACGUCUUCCUCCGCCAACAUCUCUACCCAGGUAUCACCUUCGACGUCCCCUUGGGCGCAGAUGGUGUGGGAUCCGUGGUCGCGACAGGCCCCGAGGUCUCGAACCCCAGCCAGUGGCAAGGAAAGCGGGUCAUUUUGAACCCGGGGACGGGAUGGAAGGAUUCCCCUGACGGCCCUGAGGAUCCGCAGGGAUAUAAGAUUCUAGGAGGGACCAAGUCCUAUCGCAACGGGACGAUGCAGGAUUAUGUUGUUAUUGAGGAGUCGGAGCUUGAAGAAGCGCCGGAGCAUUUGUCAGAUGCGGAGGCGGCUGCGCUGCCAUUGACGGGUUUGACUGGAUGGAGAGCGCUCGUGAACAAGGCUGGGGAGAGGAACUCGGGUAAGGGUGCUGCGCUGUUGAUCACUGGAAUUGGUGGUGGUGUGGCAUUGAUGGUGCUCCGUUUUGCCGUGGCCCGUGGUGCCGAUGUUUAUGUGACAAGCUCGAGCGAGGAGAAGAUUCAGAAGGCUGUUGAACUGGGAGCCAAAGCAGGUGUGAGCUAUAAGGAAGAGGCAUGGGAGAAGAAACUUUUGGGUAUGCUUCCUGCUGGCAAGUCUUCUUUCGAUGCCAUUAUCGACGGCGCUGGAGGUGAUGCUGUCGAGAAGGGUGCGAAGCUGCUCAAGGCCGGUGGUGUCAUCUCCAUCUACGGAAUGACAGUCUCUCCCAAGAUGCCGUUCUUGAUGCAAGCCGUCUUGAAGAACAUCGACGUCCGUGGCUCGACGAUGGGCUCUCGUAAAGAGUUUACGGAGAUGGUUGAGUUUGUCAAAGCAAACAAGAUCUAUCCCGUAGUUUCUCGUGUGCAGCAAAGUGAGCUGGAUGAUAUCGCAGCUCUUGAAUCGUUGUUCGAGGAUAUGAAACAGGGCAAGCAAUUUGGAAAGUUGGUGGUUGUGUUUGGAAAGUCUGGUUCUGACAGUAAGCUGUAA